UGUCUCGCACGUACGUCGGACGUUGUCUGUCAAAGUGCUGUUGUGACAGGGUGUAAAAUCGACGAAUUUUCAAUGAAAAUAUGUGCCCCCACCAGGGUGCCCACCCGCCACCGGUAAUGGACCGACGGCAAACGUGAAAAAGUGCCCAGUGGCGGAUCUGUUUCAAUUCGUUCGGAGUGAAAAUAACAAAGUGAAAGAAGAACAGCACCCGAGCCGGUGGUGUCUUGGCGGUGUUGGCGUGCGAAGGAAACGCCAGCGACGAGGAGGAAGCUGGUUGAAACGCGCGUGUUUUGUCCCAUUUUGCAUAGAAAAGUGCUGCACUUCCGAAACAGUACGAACGAAUGGUUCCGUGUGGUCUGCUGACGACGAAAGGAUGGUACGGUGAACAGAACUGAACGACAACCGACCCAAAGACUGCGAAUGUGCCGUUAAAGUGUGGUGAAGUGUGUUUCGUGCGUGUGUGUGUGAUUGAAGAAUUUGGCCAGAAGAUCUCAGAGACAUCCCCCCUCCCCAAAUGCCGGCCGCUGCGGCGAUGGUUUCGAUGUCGAGCGAACCGCCCUAUUACGAUGGGCCGGCGAAAAAGAGCUCCGGCAAGUUUCUGACCCACUUUGCGCGUCGACUGCGCAUCGGCAAAGGUUCGAAAGCGAAACCGUCCGUCGGUGUCGGUGCCAACGGGCUGCUCGAGAUGGACUCGGAGGAAGAUCGGCAGGGUGUCGUCGAUGGGGAAGAGAUUGUGAUACUGCGGCACGGUGUUGCACCGAUGCCGGACGAGCUACUGACCGGCGGCAGUUCCGGUGCCGAGUCGGGCACGAUGGUGCUGGUAGUUCCGGCGGCGGCCGUUGUGACAGCUCCACCGUUCAAGCGAGGCCACUCGUUCCGCCAGAGUCUGAGCUAUCUGCUCAAGCGCACGCGGCCGAAGCUGACGGAACGGUCCUGCACGAGUGAUAGCGAUGUGGUGCACGAGCUCGACGAGGAUGCGGCGACCGUGCGGAAGGGCAAGCGGCCUGUGCUGGAUGUGUUCAUGCCGGAGCAGGUGCCCGCCAAACGGCACAGCACGGGUGACAUCUUCAACGAGGAUCUGGACGCGAAUAUCCGUGCUCAGGAGCUGACCGGCACCGGUGGACGACAUCGGCGCGUGCAUUCCGACACUACGAGUUACGGGCUCACGGGCAAGACGAGCACCAAGGCCGGACAACCCAAAUCCGCCAACAGUGUUGGGCUAGGGACGCGUCCGCUACCACUGUCCUCCACGAUAGAACCUCUCAGCAGUGUGGAAACCUCCGGUGGACAGCCGGAGGGUGCGGCCCACCUGAAUGUACUCUCACGCAGCCCUAGUCAUUCGACGGCCAAGAGCGAUCCCAAAUCGCUCAAAUCGCUGUCACCGUCGGCACGGUCGUCCACCAUCCGCAGCUCUAGUCCACAUCCACUGAAAUCGUUCAGCAGCACGCGGGAUGCCGUCGACAAGCCGGAGAAGCACCAUAAGAAGAAGGAGGGCGGGAUGUCGUGGGAGCAGAAAAAGUUUGCCCAACACUUUGCCCAGGUGCCGGACGAUGAGGUUGUGCUGGAUUAUUUUUCCUGUGCCCUCGUUGGAGACAUCCUGCUGCAGGGCUAUCUGUACAUUACGCAGCACUACUUCGCCUUCUACUCGAACGUGUUUGGCUACGUGACGAAGCUACUCAUCCCGACCGUUUCCGUGCUGGACAUAUCGCGCGAAAAGACGGCCUACAUGUUCCCGAAUGCGGUCGGUGUGAAGACGCGCGACGAUCGGCACGUGUUCGGCAGCUUCCUGAGCCGGGAGGCCGCCUACUAUCUGAUGUGCAGCGUGUGGGAACGGGCGACAACGCCGCACAGUGAUUCGCUCGGCAGCAUCCAGCACACCCGGCUGGCACCGUUGCACGCGGAAGGUUCCGAAGGUUCGUUGGACGAGGAUAGCAGCUGUUACGAUGGUAUGGAAAGCUCGUUCCACGGGAAGGACGAUAUGCCCGAUCUGCUCGAUUCGGGCGACUCGAACGAGAAGCGCGAGUUGCUGAAUGCGACCGAGGCCGGCACGAAUCAAUCGUCUGAUGAUUCUACCGUGCAGCAGAAGCAGAAGAAACUUAAGAAGGAACUGCUGCUCAAAUCGCCCGCGAUCGUGAAAAGCCCGGCCAUUCUCAAGGUGGCCGUCGCAGCCGGCGCACUGGAGGGACUGAAGGGCGAAAAGACUUUACCGAUGCUGGCGGGCGGUUUGAUUGGUGAUGGGCCGGGUGCGAUUAGCGGUGGUGGUGGCGCCCGUGCCAUUUACGGUGACGGUGCCGAGCGUAGCAAACUGUCGCUGGUGAAGCGAAAGCUGCGGCACAUCCUUCCCUCCGAUUUUGGUAUUAUACACAUAGGCUUAAUAUUGGCUGUCCUGAUGACUCUGUUUUCCUGCUUUCUGGCCUACAAAAUACACGCCCUGCAGGCGCGUCUCGCUGCGCCACCCAUUCGAUUGGGUGACGACACAGACUUCUAUCUCGAUGUGCUCCGGUGGCAGAAGCGUCUGCACAGCAAAAGCAAAGAGGAGGCCCAGAUCGUGCUCAACUCGAACCUGGAGCAGAUCAUCAAGGUGCGCAAAAGUCUGGAAACGCUCUCGCUGCUGAUCAAGGACACCGCCACGGACGGUAGCGGCGACGGUCGGGACGAGGAUCGCACUUUGCUUGGUGCCAUCAUGGGUGCGGACGGUGCCCGUGUGCUGGCGGACGGUGGUAGCUUAAAUCAACAGUACUUCCACGAGGACGCUACAUAGGGGGCGGGGGGGGCAAGGGAGGGAGGGAGGUACAAAUCAUCAAGCAGCUACCCGUUGCCGGCAACGAGAAGAUGAGGAUGUUUGUGUGUUUGAAGGGGUGAAUAUUUGAAAAUGCGUCGGCCUGGAUGGGUUGUGAGAAGGGGCGCAUGUGUGAUUUUGUACCUUUAGCAGAGGAGCGCGUUUCGGUUGUUGAUCUUUAAUUUAUUCUUUAACGCUUUUCUUCGUGACUCGCUUAGUUUGAUAACUAGUUUAAAUAGUGGUGAGAAGGAGGAGGAGGACGACGAUGACGAGGAAGUGAGUGCUUGGAAGGCAUGCAUUUAACGCUAGAAGGCGGAGUAGUGGCACGGUCAUUUUGCAGGAGUGAUUUAUAAACUGUUUUUUAUAUGUGUUUAGAAAACCCCCGAUUUAAAGUUAGCAGCCGAUGGGCUGUGUGGGUCAGGUCGGACACAAAAGGGAGUCGGUAGACGACCACACCAGCAGUAGUAGCUUUUUUAUACAAAUACAAUGAAUUUUUGCGGGUUGCGGGACAACACUCGAACAGAACCGAAAUGCCAAAACAACCGCCACAACAACCACCAAAAUAAAACCCCUUUCUUCCGCGGUUUUUCGAGGCAAUGCCGUCGUGUAGCGCCCGAAUAGUAGUAGCUUUUAGUAGAACGAGAGCUUAAUCCGGAUUGUCCGGCAAAGCGAAACGGGAAAGGAACACGAACAAUGAUAUCCUUGCGCGCUAGAAAACAAUAACCAACAACAAUAACCUCUCCCCCCCCUCAAUGAUGUGUGGACAGACGACGCAACACGUGCGCGGUUUUUUGUUUUCGCUUUUGCUAACCCGACUUUUAAAAACGUAAGAAAAACCCACCCGCCGCCGCUAGUGGAACCGAUUUUUCUCGUGCUCCACUCCCGUGCUCGGUGUUUUCUGUUGCGCUGUUUUCCUUUUUGGAACCAUUUAUCUCGAUAGCAAUCUGCCUGACAAGCGUGUGUGUGUGUGUGUCGAUUAGAUUUGAUACAAGGUAGAAAACAAGGUGGAAGGAAGAAUCGUAGAAGAAGUAGAGAAAGAGUGAUGCGGGAUGCGAGGACGAUUUUUGCUCAAACGGCUUGAGGUGGGAGUAGAGCGGCCCUCCGUUUUUUUUGUUGUAAAUAAUGUUUCCCCUAUGAGUUGAGCUAAGUUUGGGAAGAUCAGAUACAGAUUCGUCAUCAAUCGGUUGGUGCCAUAGCUUAUCGGGUUUCGGUUUUCGCAGCCCAACCAGCUCAACUUGACGGAUAAGGCUUUAUAGUUGGUUGCAAAGGAUGCACUGGAUGAUGUGGAUGUGUGUGUGUGUGUGUAGGAUUUUUUAAAUUGAUAGCACCACUACUGGACGAAAAAAACCCGCUUUCCUCGUGUCCAAUCACCCCCCCCCCCCCCCUCUGUCACAUCUAUCUUUGUGUGGGUAAGGAUGGAAUAGGAAUGUAAGCGUGCAAUCGAAUUGCAUUAGGGGUAGAAGCCGAGCUUCAUAUCAUAUAACUGCAAAAUGGGUCACCGCAAAACCGUUGCGGAGCGAUCUCACCACCCCCCCCCCCCCCCCCGCGCGAGACACCACCACGGACACUUAAAUGGCGCACAAUAUUGUCCCGGGUCGAUUGGGGUCCAUACAAGUCCAUACGCCGGCGGGAGAGACUCCAGGCCGGGGGGGGCCCGGCAAGCGAAUGAAGACUUAAUGCCUGGGAAGUGAUCAAUUUAAGCGAACGGGAAGGAACCGUACUAGAAAAAACAAAUGUCUGUGAUAUGUAUGCAAAAGGACAUGAAGGAAUGGAAGACGGAAGACCGGAAGCGAGGGGGCCACUUCAACAACGGGGCAGUGAAGAAGAACAAGAUUGGACGGUAGGGAAGCAUCAUGAGCAAUGUAUCGAGGGCAUAAAUCACAGGAAAGCAAGCCAAUUGACAUGGGAAGAAGAAAAACCUCCGAUAGUUUUCCCUUUUUUUUCCCCCUUUUUUCCCCCUCACUUUCGAGAACCUCGGUGAAAGGUGGCUUAAGUUGCUCUUGCUAUGUUUACAUCCCAACCCGAAUUCCCCCAUCCCGGAUUGCUUAUUCCGUGUUUUCUGGAGACUACUUUGUUGUUUGAUAGAAGCGAUUUGAGCGAGGAGAAGGAGACCGCGCUUUCUGUGCGGAUUAUGAUUAUGAUUAAGUCUUUUUUCUCUGUUUCGUUUGUUGAGAGAGGGUACGUUACGAUGUGUAGGAUUUAAAGACACUACGAAAACUAAUAAACCCGUAUCUUGAAGUAUGAAAAGCACA